AUGGAUUGUUCGGUCUUGCCACAUCUCUCGGCUGGAGCCAACUGGGAUAUCCACCCCGCCGAGAUCUCAUUACACACCCUCGACGGGAUUCGAACCAGCGUCUUGAGUAUCUCGCAGAUGUUUCGAAUCCUUUCCUUGGCCGCGGCUGCUAGUCGCUGGCAUUCAAAACAAGCUAGUCUUCGCCCAACUCGCAGUUUAUGCUCUUUUUGUCGAUUAUGGCGUCGGCAAGACUUUCAUUUUGUAUAA